AUGUUGUAGUCCUCUUCUUACUAUAUGUAACCUGAGCCUAAACCCCAUAACCCAUAUUAGGAUCCUCGGUAUGCCAAAUACGAAAAGUAUGGCGAUUAGUAGGAACUUGAAGCUGAAAUCGAGAGAGACGCCAAACUUCUCUUCAAGAAAAAGCAACUCGAAAAAAUUGAGGGCUUCACAGGCUACUUCGAGUUCAUGAGACCCGACUUCCCCUCCCCAGUCUACUACGAAGGAGAGACCUAUUCGACUGCAGCUCAUGCCUAUAACGCCGCUAAAUUGAUAGAUCCCAAUAUGAGAAGGAGAAUUCAAAAAGCUCCAACUCUAUAGGAGAUGUAUAAUGUUGCCAGAACAAUUGAAGAGCCUGAAGGUUGGACUCAUAAAAAAUUGAAGGUCAUGGAGAGAAUAAUGCGCGAUAAAUUCAGACGCAGCAGAGAUAUGAGGGAGAGGCUGGCUGCCACUCAAAACAGAGAGAUUAUUAACUUUCUUCCGGAUAAGUCUGAGGAGAAUCUCUACUGGGGAAUGGUAGGUAAACAAGGUUAGAAUUAGUUGGGCAAAAUUCUUGAGAGAGUAAGGUAAAGCGUUCAUGAUGAAAGUGAGAUGGAGUAAUGGAUGCAAAAUAACUUUAACCUGGUUGAGGGGAGAAAGAAAUUACCAUCAAUCAAUCUCGAGGUAUUCAAAGAUGGGUAGUUGAUUGAAUCAAUUACACUAGAAAACAAGCCUUAUUAUGUAUUUGGAGCACAUCCUCACAAAUGCGAUGUAGUCUUGAAGCAUCCAUCUAUGUCUAGAGUCCAUGCUGCUUUCUUGAUUGACUAAGACUUAGGUGUAGUUUUAAUUGACUUAAUGUCCAAGGCAAAAACAAAGUUAGAUGAUUAGACACUUGAGGGAUGUAUUCCCCAUCAAGUUAAAGCCAAUAGUAAGUAGAAAGUCAUCUUUGGACUUUCAACAAGGGUCUAUCAAAUCUCUAUAGAUUAUUCCAAAAUGCAAAGAGCGGUUGAGAUUGAAAAGAAAAACCUUGAAAGAGAAAUGAGGUUACUUGAGAAACUGGAUAAUGUUGAUAAUAUUGAUAUGGAUACCUUAAAAUCAACACUGGGUUUAAUCAAGCAAGACACUAUAUAUGUGUCAAACUUGCCAUAUAGUGUCACUGAGUAAGAACUAAUGGAACUUUUUAAUGAUUGUGGCAAGAUUUUAAGUAUCAGAAUGCCUGAGAAUAAACAAACUAAAUAAAACAGAGGCUUUGCUUUUAUAACUAUGGCAGAUGAGAAAGCAGCUAGAAGAGCUCUUAACUAUGAUGGCCACAAAUUCUAUAACAGACGCCUGAAAGUCAAUCAAGCUGAAAAGAAGGCUGAGAUAGAGGAGCGUCGUAUUAAUGGUGAGGAUUUCAGACAGGGUAAGGGUGAAGCUUUGAAGAAUGAUGACAGAGAAUCAAGAGAUCAUAGAGAUCGCCGAGAUGAUCACAGAGAUAGAAGGCAUCGUAGUAGAAGCAGAGAGGUAAGAAAUCACAGAGAAAGAGAUAAUAAAAGAGAUAAUUAUGAUCGUGAUAGGAGCAGAGAAAGACGAAAUCGCAGUCCUAGAAGAAAUGAAAGAGAUAACAGAGAUUAAAAGAGAAAUGAUAAAACGGAGAAGGAAAGAGAAAUAAAGAAAAGGUCGGUCUCCUCAAAGUCGUCUCAUUCCUCAAAGUCAUCCUCCUCUUCUUCCUCUAAUUCAUCCAGAUCUAACUCAUCUGAGUCUAACAAAUCUAGCGAUAUAGAGAAUAAUAAUGAGCAAGUUAUUUAGGAAUAAAUCAAAAGCUCAAGUCAAAAAUAAAAGGUAGAGUGA